UUUGUCAUUUGUCAUUUCUUACCUACUGUCCAAGUUGUUCACCAAUCAACAAUCAUAGCCUCGGGACUUCAGUCACUUGUACAGACCGUCCAGUGGUUUUCUUAGGUUCUGCGAGCGAGCUAAGUACUUGCGUCAUCGUCUAACGAAAUAUCUGGGGAAAAGGUGAGCCGUAUUAAGGCUUUAUUGAAUUUCUACUACUAUUACAGUAUUACACCGUUAGCCCCCGGAUCUGAUACGGAACACUUAAGAGGCUUUCCGGCUUCUAUAUCGGUACACAGCAUGGGGUCAAUGACCCUAUUAAAGUGUUCUUAUGUCCUCAGUACCCCAGUCAAACACCAACAUUCAGUCGAAUUCUGUUGGUGACAAUCUGCAGGACUACGGAGGACAACUGAGCCAACCCAAUCAAUUAUUUCCAAGUCAAAAUGACUUAUCAUCGCAGCCCCUCUUGACGACGUCAAUACCACCUUUCCGAGCCAAUGUCUAUACUUAUGCGUCUUCAUCUUUGAUAGACCCUCUAAAUAGCGCGGAUAACGACUCCAGUCGGUCUACUGAUACGUCACUGGCCCGAGACGUUUCCUGGGAUAGCGGGGUACAAUCCCUUUCCCAGAUAGAAAACACGAACCUUCAAUUAGCUACUGCUGGGAUGGUGGCAUCAUUACCGGAAGCGCCACCAAUGCGGCACCUUCACUCCAACUUGGCUGUGCUUAGCGCCGAGCAAUAUGAUGGUGGGCGAUAUCCUAAACGGACCGCUUCUAAAGUCGAUCGGAAGCCAAAUGCUAUCGUCGUCCCUACCAACAAUGCUCCUAACCCUAGAAAGAGGGGAAGAAAGUCAGCCGACCGUGAACCAGAUGGUCCGGCGGAGGAGACGAAACGGUCUAGAGGUCGCCCGCGCCUUGAAACGAAGGACCAAGAUCCCGGCGAGCGGCGACGGACACAAAUUCGACUUGCACAGCGGGCGUACCGUAAUAGGAAAGAAAAUGCCAUCACAGACCUUCAAGCGAAGAUAGACGACCUUAAGAAUGUGAACAGCGAAAUCAAUAAUGCGUAUCACGACUUGUUUAACUAUGCUUCCCAACGUGGACUCCUAGCUCAGGCACCCGAAUUCGGCCAACAACUGCAAAAGCUACAGACGCUUAUCAAACGGACUCAAGAACGGGAAAAUUCUCAAGUCGAUGAGCAUAAUAGUCUAGAAGGACACUCCGACGAUGGCCAGGGAGACGUACAGAAUCCUGAAGAUCUUGUUAUCAAUGAAGAAUCUGUAUCCACGCUACCUAAUGAUCAGACGCCAGCUCUAUUGAGUGGUAUUACAGUUUCACAUGAGCCCGUGGCCCAGCCGGAACUUGAUGCAACAUUUGGCCUGGAACCUGUUUCAAAUAACGUUCAUGCCCCCAACUAUGAAGUUAUCACAGCACCGACUUUCGAAAACGCUAGCUUUGGUCCAAACGUGCCCGUCAACACGAAUUUUUUAGACCCAGCACAUUCCUCCUGGGCGCGUCAUCCGUGGAAUAGGCUCACUGGUCCACAUACCAUGUCUUUCAACGAGUGGACGUUUGCUCGAAGGUUGCACCGCCACACACUUGAAAGAGCUGCAGCUCUUAUCUCAAUGCCCAACCCACCUCCGGCUAAGUUCACGCGCGUUUUUGGGUUCGUCAUGUUGUUCGAGACCGUCGAUGAGAUUAGAUCGCGAACCGUGGCUAUGCUCGAUAGGAAUAAGAAUGAGUCUUUGAACAAUUGGAAAUACCCUUUUCAUAGGCUUGGCGGUUCCGGUACUCACUUCCCUGAUCAUGCGGGACCAUCCAGUCUUUCGGGUUCAUUGACUUACCAGAGCUCAGGAUUCGGGACGGGACCCUUCAAUGAGCGAACAACGAGGGUAAACGACACCCUACUAGGAGGUUCUCAGUACAUCAAUAUGAGCGGUUGGGAGGGCACAUGGUUCGACUCGGACGAAGUGGAGACUUAUCUUGCACAGAACGGAGUGAUUAUCUCGACCACGGCCGAUGUACACACGGUUGAGAUCCUUCCAGGGGCAUUUUCUGACGUACAGGUACAAUCUCAUACCCAACAUGUGCAAAAUAUCCACCCAAAUGCAAUGCAUAUACCGCACAUAGACGCAUCAUUCACUUUAGAGAUACCUGCUACCGUUCCGUCUACUAUAGGAGACCCUUCCCUCUCGACCGGGUCUGAUACCACUACCACCACCAGUACAGUUCCCUCAUUAGUGCCAGACAACUCUUGGCAAUCUAUGUCUAUGCCCACCUACUCAAACUUCUACGGUGGUGCACAGAAUGCGGAGCAAGUCGCCCCGUCUUUCACCGGGUUUGACGACGUGACGGCCAAUGCAUUUGUUAAUCCUUCGUACUAUUUUCCGCACCACGAAACCGAGGUACCGACCCCGGCGGCGUCACCGAGGAGAGUUGUUUUGGAUGUAAAUCAAUUUAUUUCAGGAUUGAUUUCAGGCGCUACUUGUCUUGGACGAGCCCCUUCUUUUAGACCUAAAGACAUCGUGAGCUCGUUCUGGAAUGCUGUGAUUGGUUAGACUUAUAUAUAUAUUUAUGAUGAGAUACCUAAAGUUGGAGUUAAACAAAGUAAAAUUUGUGCGGUUGGUUUAGAUGAUUAGAACUUGGGAUGGCGUUGGAUUUUGCGCUAUAUAAAUCUCUUUACUCGUAUACCAUCCUCAGUUUAGAAUUAUAUUGGACGCAGAGUAUUAUUGGCUAUUAUGUGCAAAUAAUAGAGAAGGGGUAUAUAUAGGUAUCUAUAUAGUUAGAAGAGACUAUU